AUGAAGAAUCAGAUAUCCGAUGCUAGCGAUUUUACCCAUACGAGGAUACCGAAGUUGUCACAGCUAGAUACAUUGCUGAGGUGCCACAUAUGUAAGGAUUUCCUGAAGGUUCCUGUUCUUACUCCUUGUGGGCAUACGUUCUGUUCAUUAUGCAUUAGAGAAUAUAUAAGUGUACAGGCCAAGUGUCCUCUAUGUUUGACUGAGUUACGAGAAUCGAUGUUGAGGAGUGAAUUUUUGGUUAGUGAGAUUGUUGACAGUUAUAAAGUAAUUAGAGACAAACUCUUGGAUAUUUUAAGGCAAUCAGAGGAGAAAACUACUGAUCCCGAUCCCGAUAGUUCUAUUAUCGAGGUUGGUUCUGGUCCUGAAGAUAGUUUGAUUGAAAAUGAUAAUCAAAAUGACGACACGUGUGAUGACAUUCAGAUUUUACAAAGCAACAAACCGACGUCUUUGAAGAGAACAUACACAGAUAUUGCCAGUUCUUCAUUGAGAACACUACCACGGUCGAAGUAUUUCAAAGCAAAUAUACCAGUCAAGAGAAGUUCCACUGCAUCUAGGAUUGAUUCGAUGUUGAAGAAACCCGUAGAAUUAGUUCCGUGCCCUAUUUGUGAGAAAUACUUUCCCGUUAAAGAACUAGAAAGAACUCACUUAGAUGAAUGUCUAACGUUACAAUCUCUAGGUAAUAAACCGAUUUCAUUGAAACAGACCUCUCAUAAGGAUGAACCUGUAUUAAAUAGGUCAACAGUAAUGUCGUCAAAGAAAUCCAUACCGACCGGGGGGCUUCGUACCACGAAGUCACGAGAAGAAGGAGAAGUUGAGGAAGAAAUAUCAUAUGUUGACAAAUACAUAAAUUCUACAACAGAUACAGAGCACCAGCGGUUGCCUAAACUAGAUCUUCCUUCCAUGACAAUAACACAAGUAAAACAAAAAUUGUCGAAUUUAGGAUUGUCCACGGCUGGAACGAAGCAAAAUAUGAUGGCAAGAUACAACUACUAUGAAAUUUUAUGGAACUCAAAUUUUUGUGAUUCAUUAAAUCCAGUAGAUGUGAGCGAAUUGAAACGGCAGUUAUUAAGUUGGGAGACAUCCCGUAAAGUACAUAAUAUCGCAAAUUCAUCGACAUCUAUAGGUAACCUAAUGGUUUCAAGAAGCGCUAAUAGACAUCACGAUUAUAAAAAGUUGUUAGACAAUUUCAAGACUGAUAAAUUUAAUAGAAAAGAAUGGUGUUUGUUAUUUAGAAAACAAUUUCGAAGACUCAUAAAGGAUGCAAAGAAGGGACAGAUUAGUCGUCUGUCCAAAAAUGAACCUAUUCAAGAGUCCCCUAAAGAUGAACAAUUAACGGAUCCAGAUUUAUCUAACGAUCUUUUUGAAAAACUUGACGAUCAAGUGCAUAUCCCAUAA